AUGGGUAAAAAGGGUGGCAAGGCGUUCCUCAAGUCGGCACGCGCUGCCCGGGCAGAGGUGGACGACAGCGAGGAAGCCCGGCAGGCCGUGCCUGAGGCAGCAGCCCUCACAGCAGCAGCCGGCAGCCCACAGCCGCAGCCGGCUUUCAGUGCCAAGGCUGCUGCCUUCUUGAAGGACGGCGCCGCUGCUGACGAUGCCAGCAGCAACGAUGAUGAAGAGCCGGGGGCGGAGACACGCGGCAAGAUGCUGCAGCGCCACAAGCGUGAGCAGAAGGCUCUCAAAGACCAGAUGAAGCGGCUGGGCAAGGAGGGCAAGGAUGAGGGUGCCAAGCUGGAGGCGGAGAUGGAGGCGCGGCACGCCGCCGAGCUGGCAUCGCUAGCGGGCGACAGGGAGAAGACCGUGGCAGAGGCGGUGGCGGUGGCAGACUCGCUGUACAGCGUGCACCUGGGGGACGAGGAGCAGGGAGAACAGCAGCAUAAGAAGGCCAGCAAGGGGCAGCGGCGGCGGGAGCAGCGCCAGCGGGAGGAGCAGGAGCGAGAGGCCCGCAUCCAGGCGGAGCUUGCUGAGCUGGGGGACACUGACCGGGUGAUUGAGCAGCGCGAGCUGAAGGCCAUCCUGCGGCCACUGGGGCUGGUGAUCCGGGAGAUCCCACCCGACGGCCACUGCCUCUAUCGCUCCCUGGAGGACCAGCUGCAGCAGCUGCCUGCCGAGGUCGCGCCACCUCCAACGGCCGAGGGCGAGCAGGAUGCAGACGAGCUCAACUUCCUGCUGCUGCGGCAAAAGGUGGCCGAGCACAUGCGCCAGCACGCUGAGGAGUUCAAGCCCUUUGUGCUGCCGGAGGAUCUGGCCAGCGGCGGCGGCGAUGACCUCUUCGAGGCAUACUGCACAGAGUUGGAGACCACAGCAGCAUGGGGAGGGCAGGUGGAGCUGCAGGCACUGGCGCAAGUGCUCAAGUCGCACAUCGCGGUUUACACCGUGGGCAUGCCGGUGCAGGAUCUGGGAGAGGAGUACAAGGAGAGCGGACGCACGCUGCGGCUGUGCUACCUGCGGCACGCAUACGGCCUGGGGGAGCACUAUGAGAGUGUGGUGCCGGGGGUGGCAGAUGAUGAGGAGCAGACAGAUGAGGAUGAUGCGGCGGCGAAUGAUGAGGAGUAG